AUGAACAGGAUCAAUGCUAGCAGCCCAGCAGCCUUUGUCUUACUGGGCUUUUCUGACCAGCCUCAGCUGGAGCUCGUGCUGCUUCUGGUCAUCUCCAGCAUCUAUAUUCUAACACUGCUUGGUAACACAACCAUCAUCCUGCUUUCCUAUCUCAGCCCCAAACUCCACACACCCAUGUACUUCUUCCUCUCCAAUCUCUCCUUCCUGGACCUGUGCUUCACUACCAGCAUUGUCCCACAGAUGCUUUGGAACCUCAAGGGCCCUGAGAAGACCAUCAGCUACACUGGCUGUGUGAUCCAGCUGUAUGUGAGUUCAGGGCUGGGCUCUACCGAGUGUGUGCUGCUGAGUGUGAUGGCCUAUGACCGCUUCAAUGCCAUCUGCCGCCCCCUCCACUAUGGCGUUAUCAUGCACCCAAAGCUUCUCCAGCAUCUAGCGGCCCUGGCCUGGAUCAGCGGUUUUGUGGAGUCCACCGUGCAGACCAGCCUUGUUUUCCACUUGCAUUUCUGCAGCCAUCACAGGGUGGACGAUUUCAUGUGUGAAGUGCCUGCCCUGAUUCAAAUUGCCUGUGAGGACACAACCUUCCUGAAAAAUGAACUCUCUGUAGCAACUGUAUUGUAUGUGGUGACACCUCUGGGGCUCAUUCUGGUCUCCUACUGCUUCAUUGUUAGGAGUGUGCUGAAGAUAAAGGCCAGAGAAGGCAGGAGGAAGGCAUUUGGGACAUGUGGGUCCCACCUGAUUGUUGUUGUCUUGUUCUUUGGGACUCUAAUAUGUGUCUAUAUUCAGCCCAAGAGCAAGUACACACAGAAUGGUGAAAGAUUUCUCACCCUUUUCUAUACUAUAGUGACACCUUCCCUUAAUCCUUUGAUCUACACGUUGAGAAACAAAGAAGCUAAAUGGGCAAUUAAAAGGUUACUGGCAGGAGAACAUACUUAAACAGAAUGGUGAAAAAUCUUCCAGGGACUUGUAGGAAUUAUCUACUUAUGUUUUUCAUUUUAUUUAUGAAUAAUGUGGUUAAAUAUAAACAGAUAUCGGUGACAUAAAUAAGUGAAAUAUAAUAAUAUGAGGGAG